CCUCUCUUGUGCUGGAUCUUUUUCCAAGAUAUUCUACUAAAAUACAGUACGUUAUCUCUAGAAUGAAUGCGCUUCUUGCCUAUGCUGACGACACACUUUGCUUAUCUUAAAGAAGAGAGCUACAGUACUCAAGCUGAGUUGUAAAUACGUUCAGACAUACUAUUCUCUUUUCUGUUAUAUAACGAGUAUUCUGUGCUUCAAACGUCGGUAGCAAAUAUACCCCUCUGAUUUACACAUAUAUGUUAUCUAUUGAUAAAAAUCAUCACCAAUCCGUAUUUAAAAAUGAAAGAUUGUGAAGUCUGCCGCUGCAGGAAUACUGAUAUGGCUCUUAUUGGCUGGGCUAUUUCCUUGAGAAGUCUUCAAACUGGAUUUUUGGAAGGUUGUGAAUGGUGUGAAUUCUUUAUGAAUUGUGCCAGCCUCUAUGAAGAUAAAUGGGCUUAUUUACCGCGAGAUCAUACGAAUUAGGUUUAUUAUGAAGUGAACCGGAUGCUUUUUUCAGAUAUCCAGGAAGCUGAGCUUUCGUUGAAUUGGCCGUCUUCUAUUAAUACGGCUGAAUCUUCAAUAUAUUCAGAGCCUACCGAACCUGUAAUUGACAGCAUUCGUCUUGAAUUUGAAGUUCAAGAUUAUCUACGCCAUGUACCCUUAUGGUUACCCCUGAAGACAAACCCAAGUGCGAACACUUGGUGCCACGACUCUGCUGCGCCCCAAUACUUUGCUCUGAUAGAAUUGUGGAUUAAAAGAUGUGAAAGCGACCACCCUGAAUGCAAAGUUAUGCGUGAAAAUUCUUUGGUCAACCCUAAGAGGCUUUUGCAGAUAUCCAGUACGCUGGGAGAGUCGCGUGUCUACUUGGUUCAAGUCGGGAAAUUCGAUUCACCUAGAUAUACAGCGCUAAGCUAUUGUUGGGGAAAUACUCCUGGCUUUAAAACAACUAGACAAAAUCUUGAGGUAUAUACAACUGAAGGUAUUAUGAUUUCGAAACUUCCGCGAACCUAUCAAUAUGCAAUUGAUAUCACUAAGAGGAUUGGCUGCGAGUAUGUCUGGAUCGAUUCUAUCUGCAUCAUUCAGGAUAGCAAUGAGGAGUGGGAGUUAGCUUGUGAGACUAUAGGAUAUAUUUACGGUAAUGUAUAUGUUGUGAUUGGAGCUACACUUGCGCCAAAUGACAGUGCCGGUAUUUAUACGGAUAGGAAGAAUGAGGUGGCCUAUAUUGAAAACUGUGGGAAACGAGUUCCUAUUCUUGUGAGGGAGAAAAUAAGACAUGAUGUUUGGCAAAACGAUGAACUCUUGUGGCAGGCUUGGAACGACCAAGGUAUGCUACUUUUUCGCUGUGCUUGGGCUUUUCAAGAACGUCUUUUUGCUAGAAGAAUAAUACAUUACACACAAGAGGAGAUAGUCUGGGAAUGCAGAUCCGACUCCUGGUGCGAAUGCGGGAGAUUGGGCACUGAUCGAAAACUAAAAGGAAGAUUUCCUCAAUCAAACAACUUUAAAACGAGAUACGCGCAAGUCAUCAAGUAUGAUUGUCUCCCUGCACUUUCAGCUAUCGUAGUGCAAGUUAACCGGGGUAACCUGAUGGGCUUUUAUGUUGCUGGUAUGUGGGUGGAUUGGCUAUUGAGUUCACUUUUGUGGUGGUCAGACGCAACUAGCUCAAAGGUGGCCAAAAGCGACGAAAGUUAUAAGAGGCCCAAUCCUUCUAGUGCUCUAACAUGGUCGUGGCUUUCUGUGGAGGGGUCUAUCAGCAUCUGGGGGAGAAAUUUUCUAUCGGAUAUCAAAUUGGUGAAUAUUGAAUAUAUGUUAGCCGGUGAUAAUAUUUAUGGGUCCUAUAAUACAGUAAAGCUUGAACUUGAAGGCCAGAUGAUUGGAGUUAUGAUAUAUGCUAUGGCCUUCCAGCUAUAUAUAGCUCGGUCAUACCAGAGUCUAGAAAAAGCAAAUUUUUUUUCUGAUACCAAUCCUUUCGAAAUUAAUCCAAACAGGCUUACCCAGAGAGAGUUCUACGCCUUGAAGUAUAGCAGAUCCUCGUCGGUAUCGUGGAAUUGUCUGAUCUUGACAGUAAGUGCCGGAGGAAAGGAGUUUUGGAGGGUUGGAAUAGCCGAGGUGGGCCUGGGUUGGUUCUCGAAUGCUUCACGGAAAAGAAUAACUAUAGUCUGA